AUGUUGGAUAAAUUUGAUGCAUUCAUACAGGAAACAGAUAGGCAGCUGGAUGUAGACACGAGUACUCGGUCGCCCAGUUUGAUGGGAAGGCGAGCCACAUCUGCAGAACUUAAGGGCGGAAUGGCGAAUGGUACGGGCCUAGCGAUAUUUGGUCCCGGUGAUGGUGACGUACAGACAAAUUCAAAGUCGUCGACUCAUGGGAACCCGAAGUCCCAAACAAGAUACAUUAGAAACCUGAAUAAUACAGGUAGCCAUCCCAUUGCACAACAACAGCAGCAGCAGCAACGUCAGCUGGUACAUACAAGGGUGGAAAACAUACAGGACCAGCCAUUGGUAGUCGAACCGCAGGAGAAAGGCGGGGCUGAACUCGCUGAGGCACAUAUACCGACUUCGCCAAGUGCGCACAGGACGUAUCUGCGAUUGCGCGGGAAAUCGCAGUUGAAAUCUGCUGUAGUUAAUAAGAGACGGUCGUUGAUUCAGCCUAUAAUACCGCAUAUCGAGCCGGUACCGCAGGAGGCUAUCACACAUCAGGGGACAAACGUACACGGUGUUCAGGAUCCGUCUUUGACUACCAAUGCCCACAGCACUUCUAUGGCCGGUUCAGAGAACGCGUUCCACUCAAGGACGAGCUCCUCAAGCUCCUUAAUGUUAAACACAACCGAUCAAACCAACAACCUAUUGAAAACUUUGGCUAAUAAAGAAUUGGAACUGUUUGACAGUAAACGGAAAAUUGAGGAUUUGAAGAGACAGUUGGCAAACUGCGAGAAAACAUACCAGCAGCAAUCGAAGGAUCUGCAACUGCUGAAGGAGAAAGUCUCGAAACGUAUCAAUACAACUAAUGAACAAUUGGAGAAACUCUCGUCGCAGUCUGCCAUCACUCCUGAGAGAAACUUAUCGCCACAACCACAGAAACAAAAACCCAUGGCGAACUCGGCAUCCCCGAUAGCGAGAAGAGUGCAUAAGAUGGAGGACUCGCCGAAGUUAGGGGAAGCGAACUCUGCCGCUGAUGAUUUUCAAGAUAUUGCGAAAGUGGGGUCAUUUUCUCCCAGGAUUAAACCCGAGGAGGUUUCUAAGUUGACAAGCUCUGAUCGCAACAGUGUGGAGAGAGAUAGUACUCUCUGGACCAAGCCACUGGCCAUUUUGAACCAGUUUGACCAGAUCCUGCAAAACGAACUGGAGAAAUCUCUAAACUGGGAUCACGAUCCGGAGAGUUCAGAAACCCGUUUUAUCGGAGGGAUGAAGGCCAGCAGGGAAGGUAAUUUUGAUGACAGUCCCGUAUCGGAUAAUGCAUCAUCCAAUUCAUCGUCUGACAAAGAAGGUAGGAACAGGCAGAGUGUCACCUCAUCCAUAUGGAAUUUUGUCAGCGAUAUGAAAACGGGGUUGUUGGGUAUCGUGGAGGAGCCUUCUAAACCUGGAGAAUCGGGGGCGAACAGCCCCUCUUCACCCGGAAUAAAGGCUUUCAAAACUACAAAGAAGCACAGUGAUCAAGACGUUGCUCAUUCAACAGCUGUCGAGACGAAUGGUAGUAAAUCACAGAAUAAGGCCAAAUUUGAUAGCAGCGCUGUCGAAAUGUCAAGUUACAUUUGA